AUGGAAAUCCAAGGUUCCUACCUCAAGGAUUUGAAAAUCAGUCCGGACACCUGGGAUGACUUCACCCAGGAUCAACAGACUUGGAGAAGGGCAUUUAAGACUGGAGCAUCAAUUUACGAAGCUCCUCGCACCACCGCUGCCGAAACCAACAGAGCGACUCGCAAGUCGCAAAGGCUGAGGACCCUCAGCCCCACGAUGCAAUCACCUCCAAGGUGUCCAAGCUGCCGACGAAUAUUUCGCGUUUGGAUUGUCCUCUUCGGACAUUUUCGGAUCCAGUACAGCAACAACAUGCCACCAAUGAGAACGCUCCCGCCCCGUCACCCCGUCGCCAUGGCACCCACAGAGGUCGACUCCACCACCGGUGAGUAAAGUCUUAUUGCCUCCGCGCCGCACAUCAUUGCCACGAUCCCUUGAAGACGUUGAAGAUGGCGAUCGCCACUCCUCUCAGUCCUGUACGGGUGAAACCACUCCCGAGGUCCCGUCAGCAGUCACGCAAUGAAUAGGCACCUCUUAUGUUAGUUGGGAGCGUGAUCUACGACUCCUUCACCAUCUCAUCUCUAUAUCACAGGCCAGAGGGGGAUAAAUCUGUCGGUGAAGAAUCCUGCUUUUGCUAGAAUGUACGGUGGGAUGCACUGCAGAGCGUGUUGAACACUCGAAAUUUCAGAAGAAAAGCGUGGUGUCUGAAAGACAACCAUGAUGAUGAUGAUGAUGAUGAUGAUGAUGAUGAUGAUGAUGAUGAUGAUGAUGAUGAUGAUGAUGAUGAUGAUGAUGAUGAUGAUGAUGAUGAUGAUGAUGAUGAUGGCGGCAGUUUAAGCCUCCCGUUUGAAGACGUUUACUGA